AUGUUCCGUUCGGCUCUGUUGCCCGCGUGCGAUAAGAACGGUGCGAUGUUCCGAGACCACUUUCACUUGUUCAGGCGCUGCUCGCUGGAUGACAUGUUAGCGGCGCAUCGUGGCAUCCGCAGUUCGUUUGAGCAGUUGUGCGCUGAUCGCGUUACGAGGAAGUGGAAAUUGCUGACGCAGUAUUUGGGCGUUUUCUCACAUGCUUGCUUGGUGUUUUCAGGAGUGUUGUCUCGCAAGCGCGUCGCAGCUGCCCUGGAGAGCUCAGCUAUGAUCGACAAAUAUGCCCGUCUGUUCUUUGUUGUCUCGAAUCCUCUCAAGUUCUGA